AUGCAUGGGGAGCAGAGGACCACCUUCCCGGUGCUUCGUUUGGACCUGGACAACUUCGACCUGGCGGAGGCGGAGAGGAGCCGCUAUGUCUUGACCAGCCCCCGAUCUCUGCAGUCCUGUUCGCGUCUCGGCAUCAAACCCGUGGAACUUCUGAUCAAAUCCCUGAACGAGCUGAUCGCUGAGCAGAGGGAUGUUCCCCUGGAGGCGGUGAGAGUUAUGCACGAAUCCUACGAAAGGGAGAGAACGAAGCUUUUGCAAAUGUGCCGAGAGGAGCGGGAGAGGAUUAUCCAGGGGAGAGCCGGGGACAGGUGGCCGGGCCUGGAGGAGGUGCCCGUCGCCAAAGGGAAGGAUCAGUCAACACAGAGACACUCCAUCCCCUAUGCAGACCUGUGCCUUAAAGGGAAACCAGCCAGCAGGUCCUCCGGCUCUGCUGCUGGUGCCAGAGAGCCAGACAGGAGCACAGUCUGCAGCUACAGGCUGGGAGACCUCAGGCACUCCCCAGCGACCGAGAGGAAACUGGAGAGGCUCACAGAGGACAUCAGGAGGAAGAUGUGUGUCACAGUGUCCGAGAGAGACCGCAAGAUAGCUGCUCUCAUGCUGGUGAAGCACGAGGAGGAGCAGGCUCGCCUGGAGCACUGUCAGCAGGAGAAGCAGGAGCGAGAGGAGGCCCAGAGGCAGAUGGAGGCCCAGCAGGCUCAGGUGGAGAAGAAGAGGAGGAGGGAACUGAGGCAGAGUGUGCAACACUGGCAUGAGGAUCUGGAGGCCCGCAGGAGGGUGAGGGAGCGUCAAGAGAAGGAGAAAGUAGUACAACUCAAGCUGGAGGCACUUCUGCAGGAGGACCGCUGGAGGAGGCUGAAGGAGGAGGUGGAGAACCAGCGUAGAGGAAAGAUGGAGGCUGCACAGAAAGAGGCGAAGGGACGCAAACACUGCCAGGAGAAGAUGCUGAGGGAGAAGCGAGAGAAGGAGAAGAGGGAGCAGGAGAAGGAGAGACAGGUGUCAGUCGAGAAGGAGCAGAAGGCCAGAAGGAGCAGAGAGCUGCAGGAGAAGAAAGAAAGGAAGAGGCUGCAGGAGGAAAACCACAAAGAGCUCCUUCGACACAUCCUUCUGAAACAGGAGAUAGAACAGCGUGUGGGGGAAGAGGAGGCCCAGAUGAGGAGCACCCUGGAGAAGAAGCUGCAUCACUCCUAUGAGAAACGUACCCAGGCCGUGGAGGCCCGGCUGAAGGAGCUGCAGGGGCGAGCAGCCCGGGAGGAGGAGCAGGGUCAGAGGGCGCAGCUGAGGUCCCAGCUGCAGAGGGUCCAGCAGCUCACGCACAAGCAGAUCCUGGUCCAGCAGAACCAGCGGCGCAUGGAGCGGGCCGCCCGGUUCACCUCCGCCCAGCACCGGGACAGAGCUCAGCGGACCCAGCAGCGCAACCAACACAAGCAGCUCUGUCACCAGAGGCUGUGGGAGAGGCUGCAGAGAGAGGAGGAGGCGAUGAGGAGGCUCAAAGAGAGCUACAUCUGCAUGAAGGACUGGAGGAGAGAGAGGCUGCGGAGACAACGAGAGCAAAUACAGGAGGAGGCCAAGACGCUGGCUCGGGCCUCCUUUCACCUGAUGGACAGGGCGAGGCAGCUGACACACAGAAGGACCUUUGACCAGAUGGCUCUGCAGGCUGAGCUGACGGCCUCCAUGAGCCACAUGAAACUAUGA